GCGGCGCGCAGCCGCGAUGGUGGAGGCGUGAGCGCGGCGGGCCGGCGGCAGGCACCGUCCCCACGGGGCGCGGCGGCGGCCCGGGCCGGGCAUGGAAGUGGAGAAGAUGGAUGAGAAUGAAUGGAAGUACCACGGGGAAGGCAACCAGAGCCUCGUCGUCUCUCACUGCCAGGACAUACUUGCAUGAUUAAUCAUCGUUCUUGUGAUCUGAUGUCAAGUCAUUCUCAGGAAACACAGAACAGACUGCUGAUUCCUGUAUUAAAGAGUCUUCAGCGCUGUGUGGUGCUGCGGUUUUUGAAGUCCCCCCCAAACCAGAAUAAGACUCCAGAGGAAAUACUACACCAUCUGCAAAACAUCGUAGACUUUGGAAAACAUGUCAUGAAGCAGUUCUUUGGGGAGAACUAUGUUCACCAUGGGGAAAUUAUUCAACUGCCUUUGGACUUCGUAAGACAGCUCUGUUUAAAAAUUCAGCCAGAGCGGCCAGAGUCUCGCUGUGAUAAAGAUAUGGACACUCUUAGUGGUUAUGCAAUGUGCCUUCCUAAUCUUACCAGGCUGCAGACCUAUCGUUUUGUGGAACACCGGCCAAUCCUCUGCAUAGAGAUUAAGCCAAAGUGUGGCUUCAUUCCUUUUUCCAGCCAUGUUUCACAGGAGAUAAAGCACAAGGUGUGCCGUUACUGUAUGCACCAGCAUCUAAAGGUAGCAAACGGAAAAUGGAAGCGACCAAGCAAAUAUUGCCCAUUGGAUCUCUUCUCAGGAAAUAAACAGAGAAUGCACUUUGCUUUGAAGAGCUUAUUACAGGAGGCACAGAACAACUUGAAAAUAUUUAAGAAUGGGGAGCUAAUUUAUGGCUGUAAAGAUGACCAGGACUGUGUGUCUGACUGGAACGAACUUGCUUGUCACUUAAAACCUUUCUUUUUUCCUUCCAAUGGGUUGGUCAGUGGGCCACACUGUACAAGGACAAUUGUUAAAGAACUAAUCCAUGUUAUAACUAUGACGCUACUAAGUAGUACUGAUGCCUGCAGGGCAGGUGAUAUGAAGACAGUUCCCGUUUCACAAGGAAGAAGCUACUGUGAAGCAAGUGCUUUCAAUAAGGAGCUAGUAAGAAAUGGUAAACAUAAAUUGGAAAGCUCUGGUUUACCGAGGGGUUGUCUCCUUUAUAAAACCCUUCAGGCUCAGAUGCUUGACAUGCUGGAUAUUGAGGGACUCUAUCCUUUGUACAGUAGAGUUGAGCAGUACUUAGAGGAAUUUCCUGAAGAGAGAAGUACGUUACAGAUAGAUGGACCUUACAAUGAAGCAUUUUAUGAGAAGCUGCUAGAUCUUUCAACUGAAGAUGAUGGGACAGUAGCAUUUGCGUUAACAAAGGUGCAGCAGUACAGAAUAGCAAUGACUGCUAAAGAUUGCUCCAUCAUGAUUGCCCUUUCACCCUGUCUACAAGAUGAAUGCUCUGAGCAAAGACCUGUGGUACUAACAUCCAAAUCAAGAUUCACCUUUUCUGUUUCUGUCCUGGACCUUGAUCUAAAACCAUAUGAAAGCAUUCCUCACCAGUACAAACUUGAUGGCAAGAUAGUAAACUAUUAUUUGAAGAAUGUACAGGCCAAAGAUGACCCAGUUAUGUCCAAUCUCUUCAAGGAGAAUGAAGACUGCACAUUAGUUCUCCAUAAAGUGUAACUGUUUCCUUAAGGUUAUUUUUAUUCAAACACAUUAGAAAGUGAAAGAUUAUGGAAUACAA